UUUUUUCUAUCCCCUAAUCGCAAAGAUUGAACUAGAAUUGAAUAAUCUUGUGGCUAAACACUUUCUCAUAUUGUACUCACAAAGAAGACACACGACAAAUUUAUUUGACUUUGUUGAGAUUUUGAGAGAUACAAAAACAUAAACAGGGAUUCAAAACAACCCUUUUCAGUUACAUACCCAUAUAUAUAUAAGAUCACGUAUUUAGAUUCUGAUUCCAACCGCAACUGCUCCACCUAUAAGAAAUUUUAUAAUCUAUCUCUUUCACUUUCACUCUCUCUCUCUCUCUCUCUCUGAGCUGUGCUUUGUUUUGUUAGAAGGUUGAUACAAGAGAAGAAACUAAGGCAGCCAUGGAGAACAGUGAGCUUCUAAGGCCUACUGAGGGAAAAUUUGCUGCAAUAGUAGUCUGUUGGCUUCUUGGCAAUGGGUGCCUUUUCUCAUGGAACAGUAUGCUGACUAUAGAAGAUUACUAUAUUUACUUGUUUCCGAAAUACCACCCCUCUAGAGUGCUUACUCUUGUAUAUCAGCCAUUUGCGGUUGGAACACUAGCAAUACUGGCUUACAAAGAGGACAGAAUCAAUACAAGGAUAAGAAACCUAUUUGGAUAUACUCUUUUCUUCAUAAGCACUUUGGCAGUGUUGCUUUUGGAUUUAGUAACAUCUGGUAAAGGAGGACUUGGAACUUUUGUUGGUGUAUGCAUAGUUAGUGGUGCAUUUGGAAUAGCAGAUGCUCACACGCAAGGUGGAAUGGUGGGAGAGCUAUCUUACAUGCUUCCAGAAUUCAUUCAGUCUUUCCUUGCUGGUGCAGCAGCAUCUGGUGCACUAACAUCUGCUUUGAGGUUGAUUACAAAAGCUGCAUUUGAGAAUUCUAAGAAUGGUCUUCACAAAGGAGCCAUUUUGUUCUUUUCCAUAUCAACAUUCUUUGAGCUUCUGUGUAUUCUUCUAUAUGCAUUUGUGUUUCCUAAAUUACCAAUUGUGAAGUACUACCGUUCAAAAGUAGCAUCUGAAGGAUCAAACACUGUUUCAUCUGACCUUGCUGAAGAUGGCAUCAAGACCCCAAGAGUCAAUGAAGAGGGCAAACUAUUAGAGCGCAAGGGGACAAAGCAACUGUUAUUAGAAAACAUUGAUUAUGCAAUUGAUUUGUUUCUAAUAUACGCACUUACACUAUCAAUUUUCCCCGGAUUCUUAUCAGAAGAUACCAGAUCACACAGCUUAGGAACAUGGUAUGCUCUUGUGUUAAUUGCUAUGUACAAUGUGUGUGAUCUGAUUGGAAGAUACAUUCCACUGUUGAAAAGCCUGAAGUUGGAGUCCCGAAAAAUGCUCACCAUAGUCAUCGUUAGUCGCCUUUUGUUUGUGCCAGCAUUUUAUUUUACUGCAAAGUAUGGUACACAGGGCUGGAUGAUAAUGCUGACAUCCCUUUUGGGGUUAACCAAUGGUUACCUCACUGUUUGCGUUCUCACUUCAGCACCCAAAGGUUAUAUGGGACCAGAACAAAAUGCUUUGGGAAACGUGUUGGUGUUGUUUCUUCUUGGAGGUAUUUUUGCAGGUGUAACACUUGACUGGUUGUGGUUAAUUGGGAAAGGGUGGUGAAAUCUUAACCUAAAGCCAAACUAGAUAAAUGACAGAUUUCAGAUUCUCUGUUGAUUUUUGAGGUGUUGUUUCAAAAUGUAUUGAUUUUAAUAUGUUAAAUAUGUUUUUAAUACAUUUUAAAA